GCUUGCGCUUUCUUGCUCAGAUUCUAAUUACAGGUUGCCUAUAGUCUUAAAAGGAUUAUCUAAACUAGUUUAUCAGCUACUGGGAUAUUUAAGUUAUGUUAUGCGAUGUGCUAUAAAAAGCAACAUUACGUCAAUGGUCAACUUCAGCACCACUCAGCAAAAAAAGACCCGGAAAAACAAUACUUCACUCGCUUCAUUGCUCCACAGUCAUUCAUUCUCACUCCCUUUGAGAAUAGUCUUUUCGCGUCCCUACCCUUGUGGUUAAAAGAAACAAUUACGAUGGGUGACAUGAAUCGUGGUUUGAUCUGCAAGAAGACAAAGGAGAAAAUCCCGCUGCAGAGCAUCAAAGUCAACGCGGAAAUUACUGGCUAUACAGCGCAAGUAACUGCUGUGCUAGGGUACAAGAACGAGUGUAGCAACCCUAUAGAAGCAGUCUACAUUUUCCCCUUGGACGAGCAAGCGGCUGUGUGCGGUUUUCAGGCUACGAUCGACGGUAGAACGAUCGUAGCGGAAAUCAAAGAAAAGGAAGAAGCGAGGGGUGACUACGACGACGCGAUCAGCAGCGGUCACAGCGCUUUUCUCCUAGAGGAAAGCGACGAAAGCUCUGAUAUCUUCCAAAUGAAUGUUGGGAACCUUCCGCCUAAUGAGAGCGCAACGCUGCAGUUGAAAUUUGUUACAGAGUUGGAGGUCGACGAAGAAAAUGGCACAGUGCAAUUUGUACUGCCUACUGUAUUGAAUCCGCGCUAUACCCCUGUUGAUCAACAGCCUAGCAUUAGUACAGAGAUCCCUGCAUCUUCUGUCGCCAAACCCUACUCAUUUGAAUUCCAAAUGAAUGUAAAAUCUGGCUCCGCAAUCACAGAAAUCAGCUCAACCUCUCACAAGCUUUGUUUUCAGCCCGACCCCAGUGACAACUGUCACGCUAGCGUGACAUUGGCCGAGUCACACACGUUCAGGCGUGACGUUGAAAUACAGAUUAAGAGUGAAGACCCUUUUGUUGCUCAUGCUUUAGUUGAGCCAGGUCUACCCCGCCCUUCAGACGCACCUGAAGACAAAACCCGUGGCCUAGCCAUUUCAACAGAGUUCUUGCAAAAACCUGUAGCUAUGGUGAAUUUUGUGCCGGCAUUCAAAGCUGAUGAUUUGACUUGUGGUGAGUUUAUCUUUGUUGUCGACCGCAGUGGUAGUAUGAGUGGGAGUCGAAUCAAGGAUGCAGCCCGUACCUUGCAGCUCUUCCUUAAAAGCCUCCCUGAUGGCUGCUAUUUCAACAUUGUUGGCUUUGGUAGCAGCUAUAAAACAUUGUUUUCUAAGAGCAAGACAUACAAUGAUGAGACGCUGAAGACUGCAACUAAUCAUGCAGCUCAUUUGGCAGCAGAUUUGGGUGGUACUGAGAUCCUUGAGCCGCUACGCUGGGUGUAUAGCCAGUCACUCAUCGAAGGUGCACCAAGGCAACUUUUUUUGCUCACUGAUGGGGAGGUUGGCAACACCGCCCAAGUAAUCUCACUGGUGGCUGAAAAUGCCUCUACUGCAAGGGUGUUCGCGUUCGGCAUUGGAGAUGGAGCAUCAACAGAGCUGAUCAAAGGCGUGGCCAGAGCUGGGCAUGGAUCUGCGGAGUUUGUCCGUGGACAGGACAAGUUGCAAGUCAAGGUUAUAAAGACACUGAAGAGAGCCCUACAGCCUGCCCUGACAAAUGUGGCACUUUCAUGGGCUUUACCAGAUGGAUGGAAGUUACAAGAAGUCCAAUCAAAGCUCCCACCAGUAUUCAAGGGUGAAAGACUGAUAGCUUAUGGGGUAUUCAAGAACCUAAACAAUGAUUCCAAUGCCAAAGGAAUUGGUCAUGCCACCGUAAAGGCAACACUUCAUGAGGGUCGAGAAGCAAAACACAUUGAGAACACUGUCAAGUUUGUGCUUCUUCCAAGUCAAGAGAACUCCCUUGUCUUGCAUCGACUUGCAGCUAAGAGAUUCAUUUCCUCCAGCCAAUCUGCAUUACACAAACAGGACAUCAUACAACUUAGCAAAACAGCAUCUGUAGCAUCCAAGUUUACGUCAUUUAUUGCUGUUGACAGUAAAAGUCAUAAGCCUGUGACAGGUGCAAUGGUCAGAAAAGCCCACCCAAAAAGCCUACCCCCAAAAAGCCUACCCCCAAAAAGCCUACCCAGACGUUGCCUUGCUCGACCUUGCACACGGCCACCGCCACCCGAGUACCGAGCACCUUCUCCAGGUGUAUGCUGCCGUCCUCCUUCUCCCCCACUGCUACCAUUGAAGACCUUGCCCAGACAUUGCCUUGCUCGAUCUUGCACACGGCCACCGCCACCCGAGUACCGAGCACCUUCUCCAGGUGUAUGCUGCCGUCCUCCUUCUCCCCCACCGCUACCAUUGGGGAAGAAAGCAUCUCGACCUUGCCCACCGCCACCGCCACCCGAGUACCGAGCACCUUCUCCAGGUGUAUGCUGCCGUCCUCCUUCUCCCCCACCGCUACCAUUGGGGAAGAAAGCACCUCGACCUUGCCCACCGCCACCGCCACCCGAGUACCGAGCACCUUCUCCAGGUGUAUGCUGCCGUCCUCCUUCUCCCCCACCGCUACCAUUGAGGAUGAAAGCAUCUCGACCUUGCCCACCGCCACCGCCACCCGAGUACCAGCAAUCAGCUCCAGGAGCAUCAAGUGACAAGCUGAUGACAUUGGUUGAUCUGCAAAAGGCCUGUGGUUCAUGGGAACUUACUGAUGCUCUUGCUGCCUGCUUAAAUGUCUCUAAGGAUGUCCUGGUGAAUGCCAAGCCACAGUCCAUUCCAGACUUGGGUAGUGACAUCUGGGCAACAGUGCUUGUUCUUGUUUGGCUAUCUGGAAAGUUAUUUAACAGGAAAGAUGAAUGGGAGAUGAUUGCUAACAAGAGUAAGUGCUGGCUCAAGUCUUCCUUGCCAUCUGGUGUGGAUUAUGGCAAGCUUAUGGGAGAUGCAUUCCACGCCUUAGAAAUAUAGAUGACAAGUGCUUGAAUUUGUAUGCUUUGGUGGAGGCAACAAAUUGCUGUUGUGGCCCUAUGAUACAUGUAUUUCCUGAUAUCCUAAAGAACUAUAACCUAAAUAGAAUUGUAAUGUUGUAAAAUUUGAUUAAAAUAAUAUUUUUCUCUUAUUA